GUCCGAUCACACAAAAUGUAAACAACUCUGAGACUGCAGGAUGCAGCAUGAGGCAAAGAUGGCGCCCAUCACAACAAUGAACCACGGUCCCCGCGCCACAACAAAGAUGGGCCUCCGACCAAACUAAAACAGAUUCACAGGACAAAUCAAAAAUAAGGGAAAUUGCAGCGGAGCAAUGGGUGGAGCAGCAGUUCAUUCAAAGAAGAUCAUCCAUUUAUCCAAGUAGACCAGUUACGUAGUGUCAAGAAGCAGCUUGACGAUUCCCCCAGCACCAGCACCCAAAUAGGCUUAGUGUAUCCGACGCGUGACUUGCGAGAGGGAUGCGGAAAGAGAGACAGUAGCCCUCCCUUGAAGACAUUCCAGUCCAUUCUCCUCCCCAUCUGGCGCUUUGAAUGCCAUUCUCUUUGUUCUGCUGAAACGCAGUGGUGUCUUGUCUAGCCCGUCGAAGUGGUGGGUUGUGCCCGUUAUCACUGUGUCCAAGCGCCCGUCUGUCGCUGAAUCUCCUCAUCUCGUCACCAAGCCACCCACCGCCUUCAAAUAUCACCGUUGUUCCUGCCCAUUCCCCCUCCGACCCCAGCUUAUUGCGUCGCUCAAUCGAAAUUCCGUCCAACGUGUACCUCUUGUCGCAUGCGCAACCUGGACUGCCGGCUAUCGUACAAUCUGCUCCUGGGGCCUGAGGACCUGCCGCCAGUAUGGGGGAUCGCUCUCAAGACACAGAGGCGGGUGUGAGCAGUAGUGGACGGGUCACCAGAGGGACAGCUCGCGCACAGGCUGCUGCUAAGAUGGUCUCCCCUCCUGCGUCCACGACACCCCCGAGCCUACCCGCGAAGAAAACCAUCUUUUAUCCGGAUAAUUUGGACAACCGUCCACGAACUGAAAAGGAAUCGGAACCUGUGGAUGCCAGGGCGCUUGAUAAGGCCUUGAAAGACAUUGAAGAGGCAGGGCGCCAGCGGGAGAGGACACCGGGGAUGAGCCCUUGUCGCAAACGGCAGCGGGUCUAUGGUGAUAGAUUCAUUCCAAAUCGCGAUGGUCAAGAUUUGCAAGCGACGUACAGUCUGCUUCAUGAGGAUGGAUGUCCGACCACUCCUUCCAAGUCCAAGCGGCGCGCUCCACAUUCUGAAUUGCAUUUCCAGAAGACUGAAGAAGCCAAUCGUACCUUUUCCCGAGUCCUGCGCAGCGAACUCUUCGGCAGUACCGUUCCUCAGCCUGAUCUCGACUCCCUUCCAUCGGAUCCUUUGCUGGGCUUCAGCAACGGUAUCAAUGACAAGACUCGAUCCCACACACCCCCUGCUCACUUGAUAGGCAACAUUCAUCCAUCUGGAAUUACCCCCUCAACUCCGCACAAGAAUCUCUUCAACUACGGCCCGACCCGUCCCGGAUCGGGUCAUCCGACCCCCUCCAAGACUCCCCGAAGCGCCCAUGCACCCAACCUGAAUGUCCGUUCCGAGCUCUACAGUACCUCACCUAUUCGAUACGAGAGUCAGCGCAUCCUUGAAACCCCGCGAAAGCAGCCUCGCUACAUCAACAAGGUUCCUUUCAAGGUCCUCGAUGCUCCUGAUCUGCAGGAUGAUUUCUACCUCAACCUUGUUGACUGGGGCAGCUCCAAUGUGCUGGGUGUCGGGCUAGCAAACUCCGUCUACAUGUGGAACUCGCAGUCUAGCCGAGUGACCAAGCUCUGUGAGCUGAAGGAUGAUACCGUGACGAGUGUGAGCUGGAUCCAGCGAGGUACCCACCUUGCAAUUGGGACGGGCAAGGGUCUCGUACAGAUAUGGGACGCAGAGCAUUGUCGACGACUGCGGACCAUGGUAGGCCACACCAAUCGUGUCGGUGCUCUAGCCUGGAACGACCAUAUUCUCACAUCCGGUUCUCGAGACCGCCUCAUCUACCACCGUGACGUUCGUUCUCCUGAUCAGUACCUUCGGCGGUUGUCUGGCCACAAACAAGAAGUUUGUGGACUGAAAUGGAAUACGGAAGAUGGUCAACUGGCCUCUGGCGGCAACGACAACAAGCUUAUGGUGUGGGACAAGCUGAGCGAAACCCCCCUCUAUCGCUUCUCCGACCACUGUGCCGCUGUCAAGGCCAUUGCCUGGUCCCCUCACCAACACCAUCUACUUGCUUCGGGUGGCGGUACCGCAGACCGCACGAUCAAAUUCUGGAACACAUCCACUGGCGCCCUUAUCAAGGAGGUGGAUACGGGCAGCCAGGUUUGCAACUUGUCGUGGUCCAAGAACUCGGAUGAGAUCAUUAGUACCCACGGCUAUAGCCAGAACCAGAUCGUCGUCUGGAAGUAUCCGCGCAUGGAGCAGGUUGCUUCCUUGACCGGCCACACGUUCCGUGUUCUGUAUCUCGCCAUGAGUCCCGACGGCCAGACCGUCGUGACUGGUGCUGGUGACGAGACUCUCCGUUUCUGGAAGAUUUAUGACAAGCGAGCUAAUCGUGACUCGCGUCGAGGGGUUAGCAAAUUUACGGAAUGGAGCACCAUCCGGUAAUUGCGUCGCCAAAAGAUAAUUGGCCUGGACUCCAGAGCCUUUCACAUUUUGAUUUUCGGUACAUUCGACAUGGUGUUUUGGUCGGCCGCGGCUACUUGGAUUGAGACAUUUUUGCAUGAUAACGAUAUCAAGGGAUUCCGGCGAAGAUCUUUCUGCAUUUUUAUGGGCAUCAUCAUCCCUAAAUCUCCCCCUAUUCUCGCAUCUUUGGCCUGAUUCGUCGGGUCACACCUUUCUUCGCAGAACGUAUAGGGUUGUUUGGUCUUUUUCAUCCGAACGAGACUUUACAUCUUCAGCAUCCCCUGGCGUUCCAUCUGGUAUUGCUUUCAUCUUUCUUCCCUUCUUGUUUUCCCCCCUGCCUCCGGUUUUCAGUCCCUGUACAAGAGGCUUCUUCAUCAGGCGCAGGUUCAUCCACUUUCAUCAGGUCUAGCGGUGGCGCUCAUGGUGUUUCAAUCAAGCGACUGGAUACGCCGGUUGCUCUCGCGGCGUUAGGACAACAUGUGGACGGUUCUAUUUUUUUUUUUUUUUGGCUCAUUGACCCUUUUCACAUGACGAUGAUACGACUUUAUCUAUUCCAUAUCAAAUUUGCUGUUCCCCCCCCGGCCCCCAUCUCUUUCCCCUUUCACUUCGACUAUGUGCUAAUGUUGAGCUUUCCUGAUACUUUUUUUCAAUUUUGCAAUCGCAUAUCAUCUAUUUGGCGCGGGAGGUUUUCUGGUUAUGCUAAGAAUGAGGAUGAGGUUGCAGAUGAGGUUUCAAGUUCAUGUUUUCCUAUUCCUUCUUGCUGCUGGCAAUGUCAUUAUAUUUACACCCGCCAUCAAACAUUAUAACCGGAAGCUCUCCAAGUGCGGGGCGAGUAGUCAAUUGAAUGAUGAAGUCAAACAAUG